UCCAGCUCCAGCUCCAGCUCCAGCGAAGAGGCCGCGGUGGUUGUGUGGUCGGGACUUGAGCGCUGCCGACCUCACGUCCAUCUGGUGCUCAUCUGGUGCUGCGGGACUGCAGCAACCAUUCCACAGAUCCGCCGGUGACUGAGGAGAGGAGCAUGCAAUGUCAUUCUGCGUGUCGAUGGAGCGCCGGUUGCUUGGCAUGGCAGACCCUGGGUCAAAGCACGGACAUCUUGGCGUCUGCCCUUUGGCAUUCCUUCGCCUCCAUCUCCUCCACCACCGCCCUCUCGCUCCCCCCCCCUACGAGCUAUAAUGGCCUCGAGCCACAAGAUCAAGGAGGGCAUGGACCUUAUGGCUGUCGGCCAGAAGGCCGAGAACUCCAAGUCAUUCUUUGGAAAGCGAACCCCGGACUGGGACACCGCUGCGAAUAGCUACGAGCGAGCAGCGACCUGCUUCAAGAUUGCCAAGGCAAACGAGCAGGCCAUCGAUGCAUUCCAGAAAGCCGGUGACGCCUAUCGCCAUCUGGACUCAUUCGCACUCGCCGCAAAGCAGUAUGAGGGUGCCGCCACGAUUGCGGUUCAGAACACUCGCCAGUAUGCGCUGGCUGCCCAGCUCUAUCGCCAGACGGCCGACUUUCUCUCGGCCAACAACUCGCCCGACCGUGCGGCUGAAUCGCUGGAAAAGGCUGCCAAGGCACUCGAAUCUCUGGAUCCCAACCAAUGCAUCGAGCUCUACUUUGAGUCGUGCGCCGUCUACGAAAACGAAGAUCGCAUUCGCACGGGCGCCGAGACCUUCCGCCGGGCCAUCGCAACAUGCAUCCGGCUACAGAGACUCGACAAGGCUCUCAUCCUCUCGCAGAAGCUUGCUGAGGGAUUUGCCAAACUCAACAACCGCCCAGGCUUUUGCAAGCAAAGUCUGGCAACGAUCAUCAUUGCCCUUGCGAUGGGCGAUGAGGUCGAGGCCACCAAACGAUUCAACUCGGCCUGCGAACUCGGUGGAUUCUCUCCUUCCGAAGAAAACGAGGCAGCGACGGACAUGCUCCAGGCAUUCGAUGCAGGCGACGACGAGCUCCUGUCCAAGGCUCUGCAGAGGAUGGUCAUCACUUUCCUGGACAACGAUGUCGCUCGGCUGGCUAAGAGCCUUCGAGUCCCAGGCGGCCGUCAGCCCACCAACGCAUAUGCCCGACCUGGUCCAGGCAACGGCGCUUCGACAUGGGGGCCGCCUGCAGCCUCCUCGCAGUCGCACUCGGAUCUCCAGGAUGAGAUCGAGGAGUCAGGGUUCUUGUGAUUGUGCCAGUGGGACGGCUUUUGUUCUUUGGCACCGGCUCGCUCUGUCGCCGAGCACAGGGGCUGUUGUCCGGCAUGUCAAUAUACGGUUACUUCAACGAGC